GAGACGGAGGGAGUAUUUUGAGAGCCAUAAUAUAAGAGUUGAAUGUAACACAAAAAAUUCACCUCAGUAAUAGAUGUUGAAUGUAACACAAAAAUUCAUAACUUUUCUUGAAAAAUGCAAAUCAAUUUCACAGUUCAAAAAAUUCCAUGCCCUGUUAAUAACUUGUGGCAUUUACAAAGAAACUCAAUUAAAUUCAAGAAUCCUAUGUUUCACAUCAUUAUUAUCUGAUUCCUCUAAUAUAGACUAUGCUCAUAAUAUUUUCCUACAAACUAAAAACCCAACAAUCUUUGAUUAUAAUGCUUUAAUAAGGGGUUAUUCUAACAGUAAAAAUCCAUGUAAAUCUUUGUCUUUAUUUGUUAAAAUGUUGCAAAAUGAAUUUGUUCCUGACCACUUUACAUACCCUUUUGUUGUUAAGUGUUUGGCUAAGUUAUGUGAGGUUAGAAUUGGUAAGAGUUUACAUGGGCUGGUUUUGAAAAAUGGGUAUGAUGUUGAUUUGUAUGUAAUGAAUUCUUUGAUUCAUAUGUAUGGGAGUUGUGGUGAUGUGUUGUGUGCAAGAAAGGUGUUUGAUGAAAUGCCUGUGAGGAAUUUAGUGUCGUGGAAUUCGAUGCUUGAUGGGUAUGGGAAAUGUGGGGACGUUGUUUCGAUGAGGGAGGUUUUUGAUUCGAUGAAAGAGAGAGACGUUGUGUCGUGGAGCUCGUUGAUUGAUGGAUAUGUUAAGCAUGGGGAGUAUUCCGAGGCGUUGGCUAUUUUUGAAAAAAUGAGAGUGGAAGGGCCAAAAGCGAAUGAGGUUACUAUGGUGAGUGUUUUGGGUGCUUGUGCUCACUUGGGUGCACUCGAGCAAGGGAGGGCAAUGCACGAGUACGUGGUCGGGAAUAGGUUGCCUAUGACUUUAGUGUUGAGGACGUCGAUUGUUGAUAUGUAUGCUAAGUGUGGCGCGGUGAACGAGGCAAUGGUUGUGUUUCGAGAGGGUUUAUUAGGGAGGAAGAAGACCGAUAUCUUGAUUUGGAAUUCCAUGAUUGGAGGUUUGGCAACACACGGGUUGGUUAGUGAGUGUUUGGGGUUGUACAAGGAAAUGCGGGUUUUAAAGGUGAGACCAGAUGAGAUUACGUACUUGUGUCUUUUAUGCGCGUGUGCUCAUGGAGGACUAGUUAAGGAAGCUUGGCGUUUCUUUGACUCGCUUGGUAAAGAUGGCAUGACUGCAAAAUGUGAGCAUUAUGCGUGCAUGAUGGAUGUUUUAGCACGUGCAGGUCGUUUAACAGAAGCCUACAAGUUUCUAUGUGAAAUGCCAAUGGAACCAACUGCUUCCAUGUUAGGUGCAUUACUUAGUGGUUGCAUUAAUCAUGGAAAGUUAGAUCUUGCAGAAAUAGUAGGGAAAAAGCUUAUUGAUUUGGAGCCAUUUCAUGAUGGUAGAUAUGUUGGGCUAUCUAAUGUGUACGCGCUUAAAAAGCUCUGGGACAAAGCAAGAGCUAUGAGGGAAGCUAUGGAUACUCGCGGAGUGAAGAAAUUUCCUGGUUUUAGUGUUGUGGAGAUCUUUGGAGCUCUUCAUAGAUUCAUAGCUCAUGAUAAAAUACACCCUGAAUCGGAUCAAAUCUACAUGAUGCUAGAUUUUGUUCUGUGGCAGAUGAAGCUAGAUAAAGAUUGUGAAGAGCAUGAACAAUUGUUAUGUGAUGUCAAUGGCUGCAGUGCCUUGCAGAUGAAAGGCGAAUGAUAGAUAAUACUGAAUGAUUUUUCGCUUUAAGAUCAGUAUCAUACAGUUCCUUUUUGAGGAGUAUAGGGUGGAGAGCUACCUAUCGGCGUGGUAUGAUACAUAGUAUACUCAGAUUGCAGUGAAUCCUCCUAACCAUAGUUCGUGACUGAAAUAAGGUUACAGAUCGAAAAAAUCAAGAUUUACAGCAUACACCAAACUUCCAUUGCCAUUGCAAUGACCUUGUAGCUCAUCUAAUCAUCUUGGUUGAGUAUGAUUGUUGCAGUCACAGAAGUUGGGAUAGAGUUCCUUGAAGAAAUCUCGAGCUAGAAGGAAACUGCUGCACAUUUCAAUCAACAGAGGCCUUUGUCUAGAUACAACUGAUAGUUCUGGGGAUACAUGGAUAUUAAGCUCAUGUAGAAAGCAGAACCCUCUCCACUUCUUGCAAACGUGAAUGCCUUUAGACAAAAAAAUCCUUGAAUCUGUAUUGGUUUUUGACUGUAAUAACAUGUUCUUAUCAUUUACAAUGAGACUAUCUGGGGCAAUAAGGUUAAUAUACUGCUAGAAAGUUUACAUGGAGAACUCAUACUAGAGCUGAUGAAGGUAUCUUAUUUGGUGUUAUUGCAAUAAUUACAAAUUUUAGCAUU